CAAACUUUCAACAAAACCCUAUCGUCGCCGUCGUACCGGCGCCAGUUUCUCGCCGUCGUACCGGCGCCAGUUUCUCGCCGUCGUACCGGCGCCAGUUUCUCGCCGUUGUCAUCUCUAUCGUCGCCGUCGUACCGGCGCCAGUUUCUCGCCGUCGUCAUCUCUACUCAUCAUCUCCGUUUCAUCUCUCCGCCCACAACUAUCUCAAGUCAGAACACAAAUCUCCAUCUUCACUCACUCUCACCUCAUCUCCAUUUCAAAAUUUCGCGCCUCAAUUUCAUAUCGAUUGCACUGCACUUCCAAAAGAAUUGGUUGUGCAGUCCCUGUUUUCAUCAAAAGCAAUCUUUAAAAUUAUCACGGUUUCGAAGUUCUGCUAUGGCUGCUGAUUCCUCUGUAAUGUUCAACGGAAAUGGAAAUGGUGGUAUCAACCCAAUGCCUAACCUACAGAGGACUUACCAAGUGGUAGUGGCUGCCACCAAAGAUAUGGGCAUUGGUAAGGAUGGAAAGUUGCCAUGGAGAUUAUCUACCGAUCUCAAGUUUUUCAAAGAGAUAACUACGACGACUAACGAAUCCGGGAAGAAGAAUGCCGUUGUUAUGGGAAGAAAAACAUGGGAGAGUAUCCCUCUUCGGUUCAGGCCUCUUCCUGGUCGUCUUAAUGUUGUUUUGACUCGCUCGGGUAGUUUUGAUGUUAAAGCAGCGGAAGAUGUUGUUGUAUGUGGAAGUAUGUCUACUGCAUUGGAACUUUUAGCUGCUUCUCCUUACUGCACUUCAAUUGAGAAAAUAUUUGUUAUUGGGGGUGGUGAAAUAUUUAGAGAUGCUCUCAAUGCACCUGAAUGUGAAGCUAUCCAUAUCACAGAAAUUCACACAAGCAUUGAGUGUGACACUUUUAUGCCGCCAAUUGAUUUCACUGUAUUUCGGCCAUGGUACUCAUCUUUUCCUAAGGUGGAAAACAACAUCCGAUAUUCUUUCACCACUUAUGUGCGUGUAAGAAGUUCUGUAGCAGAGUCCUUGAGUCAGAAUACUGAUUCACCUAUUGAUAAUAAACCGGCUUCUAAAAAAUUUGAGGUUCAAAACUUUUCUUUUCUUCCGAAAAUAGUCUUUGAGAGGCAUGAGGAGUACGGGUAUCUUAAUCUGGUUCAAGAAAUCAUAUCUCAAGGUACCUCCAAAGGUGAUAGGACAGGGACUGGAACCUUGUCAAAAUUUGGUUGCCAGAUGAGGUUCAAUCUGCGCAGAGGCUUUCCUCUUCUAACAACCAAGAGAGUAUUUUGGCGUGGAGUUGUUGAAGAACUUCUUUGGUUUAUCAGUAGCUCAACAAAUGCCAAGGUGUUACAGGAAAAAGGCAUUCAUAUAUGGGAUGAUAAUGCAUCCAGAGAAUUCCUUGAUAGCAUUGGUUUGUCAGAGAGGGAGGAGGGUGACUUAGGACCUGUUUAUGGGUUUCAGUGGAGGCACUUUGGUGCCAGGUAUACUAACAUGCAUAAUGACUAUACCGGCCAAGGAGUUGAUCAGCUUUUAGAUGUUAUCAACAAGAUAAAGCAUAAUCCUGAUGAUAGACGGAUCAUUCUCUCUGCAUGGAAUCCAGCAGAUCUUAAAUUGAUGGCACUUCCACCCUGCCACAUGUCUGCACAGUUCUAUGUAGCAAAUGGGGAGUUAUCAUGUCAAAUGAAUCAGCGAUCUGCUGAUAUGGGCCUGGGUGUGCCAUUCAACAUUGCAUCUUAUGCCCUCCUUACAUGCAUGAUUGCUCAUAUUUGUGACCUUGUUCCAGGUGAUUUUAUCCAUGUUCUUGGGGAUGCGCAUGUUUAUCAAACUCAUGUGAGGCCUUUGCAGGAGCAGCUUCAUAACCUGCCAAAACCUUUUCCAACUUUAAAAAUCAAUUCAAUGAAGAAAGAUAUAGAUUCUUUUGUGGCUACUGAUUUCAAACUCAUUGACUAUGAUCCUCACCAGAAGAUUGAGAUGAAGAUGGCUGUUUAAAAUAAGGGAGAUCUUAGUCCCUACUUCAGGUUGUUUCUGCUAUUUGAAAUGAGGCACAACAAAUGGAUUUAAUUAUGGAGUAACAGAAGUCAUACCUAUAGUUUAACAGAAAUUGUGUACACCAGAACCCAUCUUGAGAAUGGAUUCACAUGUGCCCAUCUUGAGAAUGGAUUCACAUGUUCAACUGGAUUUGGAAGCAUAGGUAGUUAUUAUUAGGAAGUGUUUCAAUGGGAGCUAUAGAGCAUAGGGUUAAGACAUUUCUAUUUCCCCAAAAGUACUAACUAGUAACUAAUGAGCUUUAAAGCCGUUUGCCAAAUGCUUUAAUUUUUAUGCUAGUUAAUCUGAAAGAGACAAAAAUGUCGCCCAAAACAACUCCAUUUUAUGAAGUAGUGGGUAUGUAUGAUA